AAGAACUACAAAAUAUUUAUAAAUUAUCAAAGUUUGACGACAAGCAGAAGACUAUAGCAUUGAAGCUAAUUAAAAAAUAUAAAGUAGACAAAAAGAAAUAUACAGAAUUGCUAAAAACUCAUAAGAACCAAGUUAUAGCCUAUUUGAUUAGAUUGGGUAUCCUCGAGAACAAACUUAAAUUAUUGGCUAAUACUGCAAGGUCUGCAAAUUUUACGAUUUACAUGAUGUUUACCCAAGCUAACAUAUUUAUUAGCAAACAUAAAAUACAAGAAAAACAGAUAAUGAUAGGCUAUGAUUUCUUAACAACUGAUCCAAACUCUGAAUCAUUACAAGAAAAUAAAUAUGAUCUUGAUAAUAAAGUGGAUGAAGAGGAGUAUAAUACAGAAUGA